GUGAACUUUGUCCAGAUCAAAAUCGAUUGAUUGAAAUCAAUAAUAAUCAAUAAAUGUGACAAAUGUGAUCUAUACUACAUAAUAAAAACCACAACAUCACAUCAAAAAAAAAAAAAAAAAUGAUGAUCAUCAAAUCCAUUGCCAUAAUUGUAGCCACCAAUAUUGAUGAAACAUCUACGAAGAUGAAAAAAUAUCAUCAUCAGCAUCGAAAAUCAUUAUCGAACAAGUCAAAUGCCACCAACAUUUCUUUCAUCAUUCUGGUCUCCAUAUAUUUUUUUAUGAUCAAUCUAGUCGUUAUUGGUAGUGGCCAUAAUAUUGAAACUGUUGUUGAUCAUAAUUUUCAUCAUAAUGAUAAUGAUGGCAGUUUUGAUCAUAGUAAUCAUCAUCAUCAUCAUAAUAGCCCUGUAGUGGCUGAAUCCAUCAAUAAUAGGCCUCGUCUUCGAAAUGGUACUAUAUUUCAUUUUGGUGGUGAUGGUGAUGGUCAUCAUUAUCAUCCUUUGUCAUACACAUCAUCAUCAAAUGUGAUCAAUAAUAAUAAUAAUAAUCGUUUCAAAGCCAGACCAAUAACUGGUUCAGUCAUACAUGUAAGCGAUCGUAUCAAUGUUAAAGAUGAUGAUGAUGAUGAUGAUAAUAAUGGCAAUACAAGAUUCAAAGAAGUUGAAAGAUCAGGAAUGGUUGCUGAUACUAGCACUGACAUUGGCCAUCAUCAUAAUUCUAAUAAUCAGCGACAUCAAUUUCAUCAUCCACUUCAUAAUCAAGUUGAUCAUAUUGAUCGAGAUUCGAUUCACAAAUAUCGACCACAAACUGUUCAUCAUUAUGAAAUCAGACAAAACGGUGGCGCUGAAAUCAGCCACUAUAAUCGAUCUGCACAUGAUGGUGAUCGUUUAAUUACUUCAGCACAUCAAGGAGGUCGUACAGAUCUGGAAAGUUAUCAUAGAGCUGCUGUUAGUCCUGAUGUUAGUUCAGCACUUGUUGUCAACAAUAAUGAUAAUGGUUACCAUGGUUCAACUGGUGAUCAUCAUUAUCGAGGCGUUAUUGUCGAUGUAACUGAUACUCAUUUGGAAGGUAAUAAUAGAUUCCAAACUGGAUAUCAUUCUGGUCAUCAUCAAAAUAAAACGCAAAUUAAUGCCAUCAACAACCGAACAGCAGUCAUUCAUCAUUCAGGAGCACCAUAUACAUUUGAUUCGGGCCAUCAAAAUAGAAUUCAUCAAACAUCUGGGUUAGGAAUGAAUCGUACAAUUGUUCAACCAGGAAACAUUGGCACAAAUGUUUAUUCAAGUGGCCAUAUUCAAGAUAAUAUCGGUGUUGACACCAUAAACCGGACCAUUGGUCAUCAUUAUGGACACCAGCAACAAGCUAGCCCAAUUAAUCGUACUGCCAUAAAUUCUGGUUCAAAUAUUUAUUCAUCCAACACGAUAGACAAUGUAGCAAACAAUCAAACACAAUAUGGAUCUGGUGUUCAAAACAAUCAUCAUAAUCAUAAUCGAAUCAAUAAUAAUAAUAAUGUAAACAAUAGAAUACAAAUACAACCAUCAUCAUUGGUAACAUCCAAUGAAUACGAUACACGUAAUCGUGUAAAUAAUAACAACAACAAUAGACAAGCUACAAAUUUAUUAUUACAACAACAACCCGGAACAGCUGUUGUAUCAUCAUUAAAUUCAUUGGAUAAUGUUGACGUUGAAGCAAUUAAUAAAGCUCGUAUUUAUGCUGAACAAGCGAAUGAAGAACAGGCAAAAAAACAUGCACAAAAUGUUGUACGAUUAGCAGCAACUGAUCAAUUGGAAUCGGAAAUUAUUACUAAUCGAACAAGAGCAUAUCUUUCAUGUGAAAGUGGUGAAAUGAUUGUUAAAAUUAAUUUCACUGAACCAUUUCGUGGUGUUGGCUACGCUGAUUAUGAUCGUUCAAGUCCAUGUAAAUUUUAUGGCGAUGGUGGUCGUUAUUAUGAAAUGCGUUUACCAUUGAAAGGCUGUGGUACUAAACAGGAAGCACCAAGAAUUUUCAUCAAUAACAUUAUACUUAGAUUUCAUCGUGCAUUAGAAUUGGAAGAAGAUGAAAUCAAAACGAUUGUAUGUCGAUAUCCACCACCGUUGGCACCACCACCGCCAUUGAUUGCUGCACCAAUAUUGGAACAACCACCGCCAGCAGUACCAUUUAUACCGGCAAAAUUAUCCGAAGUGGAAUUAUUAUUGAUUGUAUCGGCAUUAUUAUUUUUAACAUUAUUACUACUAGGAAUCGGUAUCGGUUAUUAUUGUCUGAAGAAACGAAAAGUUAAAGUUGUUCGUAAAUUUAUUCCACCCACUGAAUUACCGUAUUUCCCACCACCAUCAAUAUCAUCGGAAGAACAUUCAAUAAUAUCUGAAGGUUCAAUCAUACAUCGUGAUGAUUAUCAAUUUCAAAAUUUAGGUUUCAUUCCUGAAGCAAAACUUUCAUAUAUGGAUGAUAUAUUCUAUCAUGAUCAAGAUAUGAUUGAAAAUGAUGUUGUACAAACACAGCAAAAUGUUUUGGUACCACCAGUACCGCUGUUUAGUACACGUAAAUUUGAUGAUCGUUUUGUUACACAUGCAUCAGAAACAGAUGUGGACACUGAUUAUGAAAUUGAUCGUUUAAUUGUUCCAAAGAAACCAAUAAUUACCAAAUUGAUUACAGACAGAUAUUUUGUUACACCAAAAACUACUACGGAAAUUAUCGAUGAAGUAACCACUCAACGUGUGAUUGUGCCACCAAAAAAACCAAUUACAACCAAAUAUAUCGAUGAAACAUUGGUUACACCACAAGUUGAUUUAGAAAUUGAUGAAAUAACCACCAAUCAACGAGUUUUUGGUCCAAAAAAACCAUUAACAACGCAAAAAGUUGAUGAUACUUUUGUACAUUCUGAACAAGAAACCGAUGUCAUUGACGACGUCAGUAAAUAUCGUAUUCAUGGUCCAACAAAAAUGCCACAAAUUACAACCACAGGACAAGAUGAUUAUUUUCGAACAGAUUUAUAUGAAAUUGAUGAAGUUAUUGAUGAUUUGGAUGAAACAAUCAUUAAUGCUAUGCAACCACCAAUAACACAAACAACUGAACAUGAUGAUUAUAUAACACAUUCAAGAGAUGUAGAAGAAUUCGUGGAUGAUACUACUCAUCGUUUAGUGAGCGGUAAAAAGCCGAAAAUUAUGGUUAAAAAUAUUGAUGAUUUUUAUGUGACAAACAUUACUGAAACUGAAACGAAUGAACAUGUAACAAAAAUUGGCCGAUCAAUGCCUAAUUUAACAAUGGAAAUUGAUUAUGAAGAAGAAAUUUUAGAAGAAAAAGACACAAGAUUAUUAGAUGAAACAAAACAUAUAACCGGAUUUGAUGUUCGAAUGCGUUCGAUACCAAGAAAACCUAUGCAACAACCACCACCACCAACAACAACAACGACGACAACGACGCAAUCGAUAUCGGAAACAACAAUUACUACGAAAAUUGAUGAAAUAAUACGAGUAUUAGAUAAUCCACCACGUGAUAAAAUACCCAAUAUAGAUGAAUAUUUCAUGUUACCAACUAGAAAUCGUUUUCGACAAAUCAUUUUUACUGAUGAAGUAUUUCGUACAUUGAUCAUUGAAUCGACAACCAUUGAAGAAUAUGUUGAACGAAUACAAAAUCAUCCAACAUAUGGUCCAAUGUUUGAACCGCCUACUUGGGAAGUAAUAUUUCGACUUUUAUCAUUACCAGAAGUGAAUCAAAGAAGGCCAUUGCCACGGCCAACUAGAUAUUCGGAUACGUAUAGAUCCGGAUUUUCCGCUCAAGAAGUACGAUCUGUUACCGAAGAAGAUGUUACAUUCACUCGUAGUCGUUUAAGUGCAGCUCAUUAUGUUCCAUUACCAGAUUAUCCUAUGGACGAUAAUGAUGAUCAUCCAUCGCAACAACGUUCUGGCAAUUGGGCCAAACAAUUACCUGAUCCAAGACAUUAUGAAUGUCAUUCACCAGAUUUUACACCAAUAAAACCAGCAUUUACAACAACACGUCCAUAUGGUAGUGGUAGACGAUCCAAACCAUUUAAUGGAACAAUAUCACCUACAUCAUCAGUAUUCGGAACAAGACGAUUAGAAAAUCCAUACACUAGUACAAAUACAACAAAUGCAUCAUCAAAACGAUUAUAUGAAUAUGAUUUUCGACCAUAUUCACCGGAUUUAGAUGCAUUAAGUUUGGAACCAUCACAAUCAUAUUUAUCAUAUAGUGGAUCAAUACGAAAACGAAAUCAAUUUCAACAGGCCAUUGAAGAACGUGAAGAAAUUAAAUCAACAACCGAAACAAAUGUUUAUGAUUGGAAACGUUAUGAAUGAGAGAAAAUUUUAUAAUUUAAUAAUUUAUUUCAAUUUUGUUGUUUGCUAAUGAUUUUUUUUUUUUUUUUUUUUAAUUCUUUCACAUCACACCACAACACAAGCUUGUGUUGAAAGCACUAAGGCAGCUAAUACUUUCACACACACACACACACACACACGAUUUUUGUAUCAUAUUCAAA